AAUCAGAUCAAUCAUGGCUGCCGAAAGCGAAAAGCAAAACUUUUUCGAGCCCAUCGGCGCAAAGGCGCAAGGCCUCUCCGCUGCCACAAAUGGCACCGUUGACGAGGACGACGUCAAGCCCGUGGACGAGAUCGAAUCCCUCUGCAUGAACUGCCACAAAAAUGGCAUCACAAGACUUCUCCUUACCCAGAUUCCCUACUUCCGCGAGGUCGUCAUCAUGUCCUUCAACUGCGACCACUGCAACUUCCAGAACAACGAGAUCCAGCCGGCUGGAGAAAUUCAACCCAAAGGCACACACUACGAGCUGCGACUGACCGACCUCAACGACUUCUCUCGCCAGGUCGUCAAGUCUGACACCGCCACCGUCAAGUUCAUCGAGAUCGACCUCGAGAUUCCUGCCGGCCGCGGCCAGCUGACAAAUGUCGAGGGCCUGCUGACAGGCGUCGUCGACGACUUGGAGAUGGGACAGGAGGAGCGCAAAGAAAAGGCCCCCGAGGUCUAUGAAAAGGUGGCAGAAAUCAUCAAGAAGUGCAGGGCCAUGCUGGCAGGAGAGGCCUUCCCCUUCCGCGUCUAUGUCGACGAUCCCGCCGGUAACUCUUUCAUCGCGCCCGACCUCAAGGACGGUGUUGGCAAGUGGGAGAAGCACGAGUAUGCGCGAACACCCGAACAGAAUGCCGCCCUCGGCCUUGCAGACAGCGACGGUAACGCAGACCUGAAGAACCCCGGCCUUACCGAAGACGGCGACAUCAUUCCCAACGAGGUCUACAGCUUCCCGGCGACAUGCCCUGGCUGCAUGCACAACUGCACAACGCACAUGAAGAUGGUCGACAUCCCGCACUUCAAGCAGGUGGUGCUCAUGUCAACCGUGUGCGACGCCUGCGGCUACCGCUCCAACGACGUCAAGACGGGCGGCGAGAUUCCCGAAUACGGCGAGAAAAUCACUCUUCAGGUCGACGGCGAGGUCGACCUGGCACGCGACAUCCUCAAGAGCGAGACUUGCGGUCUCGAGUGCCCCGAGCUGGAGCUGCAUGUCAACCCAGGCACCCUCGGCGGCCGCUUCACUACCGUGGAGGGUCUCCUGACACAGGUCCGCGACGACCUGCACAGCCAGAUCUUUGAGGCCGGCGAGGGCGCCGGCGACUCGCUGAGACCGGACGAGAAGUCUCAGUGGGACAAAUUCUUUGCGAACCUCGACACCGCCAUUGCCGGGUCCAAGCCUUUCACGGUCAUCUUGACGGAUCCGUUUGCUAGCAGUUAUGUCCAGUCGCUGGUUGACCCACCGGCGCCUGACCCCAAGAUUAAGAGGGAGAGGUACACAAGAACGGAGGAGGAGGAGGAGGAGUUGGGAUUGAAGGACAUGAAGACUGAGGGUUAUGAGGCGCCUGAAAAGGAGGAGGCUGAGGGUGAAGCCAAAGCUGAGGCGGAAGCUAAGACGGACUAAAUGUUU